AUGCCUUACUUUGUCGUCAUCGGCGCCGGCGUGGUCGGCCUCACCCAGGCCCUGGAGCUCCGGUCCAGGUAUCGCAACGCCACGAUCGUCGUCGCCGGCAAGUACCUGCCCGGCGACGCCGCGGCCGAGUACGCCUCGGCGUGGGGCGGCGCCAACUGGUUCCCCGCGGCGAGCGACAACGGCCCCCACGAGGACUGGGAGGCCAUCACGUACCGCAAGCUGAAGCAGAUCUCGUCGUCGCGGCCCGAGUCGGGCGUGCGGCCCAUGGACAUCCGGUGGCACUACGAGCACCCCAUCGACGAGGUCGGCAUCAAGACGCCCGCGACGGGCAAGCUCUGGUUCGAGAGGCUCGUGGGCGGCCUGAGGAAGAUCGACGAGCGCGAGCUGCCCGACGGCACCGCCUUUGGCUUUGAGAUGGCGAGCUUUGCCAUUGACGUCCAGAAAUAUCUGCCCUGGCUUCAGACAGAAUGCACCAGACUCGGUAUCGAGGUGCAUCGACGGAUAUUCAGUCACAUCGACGAGGCGUCCGAGCUCUACCCCGAGGCCACAGCCGUCUUCAACUGCACAGGCCUCGGCGCGAUGUCGCUAGGCGGCGUAGAAGACAAGACGAUGUUCCCCGCGAGGGGCCAGAUCUUGCUGGUCGAGGGCCCCGAGAAGCCCAUCCGCAAGAUGUACUUCCGCGCGCCGCACCGCAACGGCGAGGCGACUCACAUCUUUCCCAGGGGCGAGCGGGGAGGCGUGAUCCUCGGGGGGUGCCGCCAGAAGGACAACUGGGACGGCGAGGUCGACCUCGAGUUUGCAGAGGUCAUCAAGAAGCGCUGCUGCGCGUUGGUGCCCGAGCUGGGGAAGCCAGAGGACCUGAAGGUCGUCAAGCAUGGCGUUGGUCUGCGGCCUGGAAGAGAGGGCGGCGCCCGAGUAGAACCGGAGCUGAUCGACGGCAAGCUUGUCAUACACAAUUACGGUGCCGGAGGAACCGGUUUCCAGGCAUCAUGGGGUCUGGCAACCUACGCCGCCGACUUGCUCCCAGCGCAGGCGCGGAUAUAA